AUGGCAGUCCUCAUGGCAGCAAAAUCCUCUGAGGUGACAUCUUUCACUUCCUCCUGCACCUCCAGUCGCCUCUUUUUGAUGACCUGCUUGGAUUUCUUGCUGGCACAGUACAACGCACCCUUCGAGCUGGGCAAUGAGACCAAAUUCGUGGGUUCGGUGAUGGGCGCGGCGGAGAACGCUGCCAAGCUGGUGCAGAUGGUGAACUGGGAUGUUCAAGCCUCCUUUAUCUACACAGGCCGCGAUGGAGCCUUUGAGCCUGGCAAUCCCUACAGUUUCCCCCUGGGUUGUCCCUACAACUGGACCUCCGACAACCCAGCGUGCCAGCCACAAGCGUCGCAAGUGUCAGAAUUUGUAAUGGAUGCGAUUGAAAGCCCUGAAGGCGUCUUUGUGAAGGGCGAUGAUGGUGGUAAGGCGGUGGCCUAUAUGAAAACCCAUGGAGUAACUGGCUUUGCUGGAUGCACGCCUCGUGAUGUCCUCAUGUGGAACCUCAACGGUUCCUAUUUGCCGCAGGGCACCUGGGACCAACGCUGCUCCCGGGCCAACCUGGGCGAGGUGACCAACCUUGGAGCGUGUGCCAAUAACAUGUGCUCCUUUGGGCCUAAAAUGUCUGGCAUGGGGAGCGCCUUCAGCAAUGGACGUCCAACGCCCAUGGGGGCCCUUUGGCGCUUGUUCCGCACCGCUGCCGGCGCUUGUGUGGUGCAGCCCUCCCAGAACGGUGCAAACCAGCUGGCUGCGGCACAGGUCUAUUCACUGGCCUGGAAGGUCAAAGGGAAGGACAUCGUGAAGCUGCUGCUGGUGAAUCCCCAGUGGACGAGCAGCAGUCCCAUCAAUCCUUCGACCUUUUUCCCCCGCAUGACCCUCUUGAAUGUCAAGGAGUUGGUGCAAUCGUACACAGGGGAGAACGCCAUUGACGUGAGUGUUUGGAAAGGGUACACUUCUCAGCGUCGCUUGUUAGGGGCUUCACAAUCUUUGGAAACGAAUAAUGGCGGCCUUACUCUCCAGCCCUUCCAGUCCUUGGUCUUCAACUUUCGCAUGUCAUGA